GUUGACGAUUCACCAACCAUCGCAUCUCUCUCCCAAUAACCCCUUGCGCGCGACGCAGACCCAACUCUCUUCUCUUUUCUCUCUCUCUCCUCGGCCAGAGGGAAAAGAAUAAUAUUUUUUUUUUUAAUUUUUAACCGUGAUUUUUUAUUUUUAUGUUUGAGAUACCAUUGUUGAAGAGGCCACGCCUCCUUAUCCUCAAUCUCGUGCACCCUGACCAGAGGGUUUCAUGAUAAUGCCGUUUUCUAGGGUUUUCAUUACGUGCUAUGAUUUUCAUGUGCAGGUAGUGUUUUAUACUUUGCUUUAAUUCUUCAAGCUGACGCAUUGUGCUAGCUCAGGUGGUGAUUCUUGUUUUGAAGUUCUGUUUUUGUUAAUCAGAGAGUGAAGGGUUAGUGGUAGUGUGCUAGAUUUUUGAACGAUUUGUUUUGUGAUUGGGAUGGGCUCGUGUGGUGAACCGGUAAUCGUUGGUGAUCCGGCACAAUUGGAGCAGCCUUUGUGCUCGGGUUUUCCGGCACAGUUAGUUUCUGUGCAGGAGUCAUGUUCAGAAGAACCUUGCGAUGUUUUAGACGUAUCUGGUAUGGCGGAUGGUUUUUUGGGAGAGGGUGAAGUGGGUUGUUCUGCAAGCUAUCUUGAUGUUAUGGAGGGGUACGGAGAUGCUUUGACAAAUGAAUGUGAAAAUGAUGAUAUGUCACAAUUGGAGAAAACUGCUGAAGAUGGUUGUUGGAAUAGUUUGGGGAUUUGUUCUGAGGACAUUGAAGUUUCCGGUCUUAAAAGUGGUGGAUUGUGCUUAGAAGGAAAUUUUAAAGAUGAAGGAAACCUUGACCUGCCGUUGGAGUCCAUAACCUCAAAUGAUUUGCAGAAGCAUUGGGCUGAACAGGGUGAGCAGAAGAAUGGCAAGAACAUUAUGGUAUUCUCGGUAGGAGAUGAUUUGACAGUCGUGGAAGGCAAAAACGAUGGUGCUGAUUUACUAGCUGGUGCUGUCAACUGUGUGCUUGAUGUUGAGCAUUCUGAAGUGCCUUUGGAAUCAGAUAGCUGGCCAAAGGCUGUGGAAAAUUGUGAUGCUUUAGAUGGGAUAGAAGCGAAUUCUUGCAGGCAGAUAUCUUCUUCACUAAAUUUUGAAGUGCCGUCAGGUGUCUUGUUUAUAGAUGCAAAAGUAGAGAGCACAAGUGAUAAGCUACACGAUCUAAAAAAUGGCGAGGAUUGUGACAGUACUUGUGAUGAAAAGAUAAGAGCCUUUGUUGAUAAAGAAAUCACUGUUAAUUCAUAUGUACAAGCGUCGUCCUCACCAGAUACAAAAGAAGAGAGCACAAGUGAUGAGCUACAUGACCAGAAAAAUGGUCAGGAUUAUAAAAGUAGUUGUGAAGAAAAGUUAAGAGCCUUUGUUGAUAAAGAAUCAACUGUUAAUUCGUAUUUACAAGCAUCGUCCUUGCCAGAUUUCCAUAGGACCCUGAGGACUUCACCUGUAAUUGAUUCACAAUGUCAGCCUACCUUGAUGGAUCCAGGGGGUGAAUUGAAGAAUGGCAUACUGCAAACAGAAGAUAAUUUCUGUACAUUGAAGGAUUGUUCUGCAGAUGGAAAUGCCAACUCUACCAUUAGAAAACAAUUUUAUCCAGAAUCAGGUCAGUCCUCUUUUGUUGUUCUCACCAAUAGCUUUCCAAAGGAUGCGCCGGAUCUCCUUUCCAAGGGCGAUGGUGCUUCCAUCAACAAUGAUUGUGCUGUAGACAAUCCUGGACAAACAAAUAAUGAUGGAAAAGAAGAUGUUGAAGUUGAUCAUAUUACUGAAAACAUACUGUUACCUUCUCAAAGGAGUCAAAGAACCAAAUUUGGUAGUAAGACACAAACCAGGAAGGCUUCUAGAAAAUCCAAGAACAAAGCCAGUAUGACACAUCGAGGUGGAGGUAUGAAUAUGAACUUAGAGGCUGCUAGAAAGAAAAGAAGUUGUUUAUGCAAACCGGCUCGUUCUUCUGUCUGGGGAUCGCUUGGGAAUAUUGAACAGUUUUUUCAGCACGAAAACGAGCUGGAGGUUAGUGAAGCCAUGUGCCAGAAUGUGGUGAAAGCUAGAAGCAAGUUUCAAGGUGGGGAAAUGAUUAAGAAUGCUACAAGUUCUAGCUCAUUAAGUUCAGUUCAAAAGGAUAAUGUUCCAACUUCAACUACUCGUUUUCGUCUGAAGAUCAAGUUUGGAAAAGAAAAUGCUUUACGUUGCUCAAACGUCUUGAUUCCGGAGUCUGUUGGUGGCUUGGCUUCUGCUUCCUACUUGGAGUCGGACCCAGGUUCUCGGAAAGUAGCCAGCAAUUCUGCAGAUAAAUUUUCUGAAGCAUUGGCUUUAAGCAAUUUAGAAUCAUUCAGAAAUGACCUGGACAAGGAUUUUGUUGUUCUAAAUGGACAAAUUGUAAAUAGCCAGUUAGAAAAUUCUAAAAUAACGGAGAAGUCAGAUGAGGAUGCAGUGGAACCAUGUCAUGCAGGUCCUCCAGAGAAAGUGGUUGAAGCAUUAGUUAAGCCAAUUAAUAAUUCAGUUAUAGAUCCCGGAACGUCACCUGAUUCAGAAGUCAUUGAUUCAAUUCCUGACGUCCAGGUUGGAGAAAGACAUGAAGAUGUACAUUUUUCUGUGUUAGGUUCUUCUAAGGAGUUAAAUUCUCAUAUGGACGUUACCUUCAGGAAUAGAGGGAAGAAGAAAGACAAGCUUAUUUAUUCAGGCAAUUGCAUCACUGAAGAUGGAUCACAAGGUCAACCAGGGAAUAAUAGAGCUAAGCAUUCGAAGAAUCACAGACGUAAGAGAACCUCCAGUGAUGUGGUUAGCUCUUUAGAAUUGCCUAUUUCCACUGAGCUAAGCAAAUCUGUAAAGAGUAAAGAAUUGUCUGCAGAAUCAUCGCCCCUUUCUGGAGAUAUUGUACUUGGAGGCCCUAUGGAGUCUUUGAAAGUUAAAAGUCAUGCGAUAGUCAAGACAGCUGGCAAAUCAUCUGCUGACCAUGGUUUUACUGAACUCCAGGGUUCAAAAAAUUUACCGUCUUCUACAAGACCUUGGGGUCGUAAACUACCUAAAAGUCUUGAACCUAGAAAAGUUAGCAAGGGUAAAUCCAAAGCUUCUGACUCGACAAGCAGGAAAAAGCCUACUUCUAGGCCCAAGGAGAGACAGAAAGAGCCAAUUAACAGAAGUGAAGUAAAGGGAAAAGAUGUCUCUCUCAAAGUUACAUGUGAAGUGGAAGAUCACCCACAUCCAGCAGAUAUAGUUGGAAAUCAUAAGUUGGCUGGUGUUGGAAAAAUUAAUACCGGUGACAACAGAGUACCAGUCAGUGUGUCUAAUUUGGACGUGAUGCCUGGUUUUGGUUUGGAAGAACAGCAGCAGUCACCUCGUAAUGCAUGGGUGAGUUGUGAUGACUGUCACAAGUGGCGGCGCAUUCCAGCUUUGCUUGCAGACCAGAUUGAUGAAACUAACUGCACCUGGACUUGCAAGGACAGCAGUGAUAAAGCCUAUGCUGAUUGUGCUAUCCCUCAAGAAAAGUCAAAUGCAGAGAUUAAUGCAGAGUUAGGAUUAUCAGACGCCUCUGGUGAAGAAGAUGCAUAUGGAAACUCCAAAACUCAUAAGGAGUUGGAAUAUCAACUGCCUUUGGUUUCCCAAGAGUCAACUUUUACCCGCAUUUUCACAAAUGAAUUUCUGCAUCGUAACCCAAGAACUCAGACUAUUGAUGAGGUAAUGGUUUGCCAUUGCAAGCCACCUCGAGAAGGCAAGAUGGGAUGUGGGGAUGAAUGUCUAAACCGGAUGCUUAACAUCGAAUGUGUGCAAGGAACUUGCCCAUGUGGGGACCGUUGUUCCAAUCAGCAGUUCCAAAAACGCAAUUAUUCCAGACUGAAGUGGUUUAAAUGCGGGAAAAAAGGUUAUGGACUGAAGGCACUUGAGCGUGUAGCUGAAGGCCAGUUUAUUAUUGAAUACGUUGGAGAGGUGCUUGACGUGCAUGCAUACGAGGCACGCCAGAGAGAGUAUGCUUUGAAGGGUCAUAGACAUUUCUAUUUUAUGACCUUGAACGGCAGUGAGGUGAUAGAUGCAAGUGCAAAAGGAAAUUUGGGGCGUUUCAUUAAUCAUAGUUGUGAUCCUAAUUGUCGGACAGAAAAGUGGAUGGUGAAUGGAGAAAUCUGUAUUGGACUGUUUGCAUUGAGGAAUAUCAAGCAGGAUGAAGAAUUGACAUUUGAUUACAACUAUGUAAGGGUUUUUGGUGCUGCUGCCAAAAAGUGUUAUUGUGGUUCACUUCACUGUCAAGGAUAUAUAGGCGGUGCGGAUCCAAAUAACGGUGAGCUUAUAGUUCAAGGUGAAUCAGAUGAUGAAUUUCCAGAACCUAUGAUGCUUUCUGAAAAUGGUGAAAUUGACGACAGCGUACUCAUGCCCAAAUGCAUUGAUAGUGUUAAUACAAAGUCUUCUAGGCAUUUAAUAACAGACAGGGAUGUAUUGGACAAGUGUACAACUGCUAUAUGUGCAGAUGGUUCUCCAGAGGAAGACAGUUCUACAAACCCUGCCUCUGCUGUUUCCCUGUUGCACAGUUCAGUUGAAGUGGAAGACUCAAAAAGCAAUUUACCAUCUUCUGAUCGAAUAGAAGAAAUUUCUCAACAAAUAGAGGAUACAACAAGCAAACCCAUGCCUGCUGACAGCAAAGAAUUGCCGAAUUCUACUGAUAGUAAUAGAGAAUCCAAAUCUGAAAUGGUUGAAGUCGGGAAUGAUUUUUCACAAUCACAUCUGCUUGUGAAGACUCCUCGACUAAAUGCUUCUGUUAAAAAGGGUAAGGUAAGGGCUAAUGCUGCAAAUGCCCUUACAGCCGAGGUGGCGGCCCCUCGAUUGCCAGUAUCAUCUAUCAAAAACAAAAAAGUAGAAGGUUCUUCCAAUGGACGGUUUGAAGCAGUUCAGGGGAAACUUAAUGAGUUGCUGGAUGGAAAUGGAGGAAUAAGCAAAAGAAAAGAUGCCACCAAAGGCUACUUGAAACUUUUGCUUCUCACCGUGGCAUCAGGCGAUAGAAGCAAUGGUGAAGCAAUUCAGAGUAACCGAGAUCUUUCCAUGAUCCUUGAUGCUCUUCUGAAAACAAAAUCGAGAGCCGUGCUAAAUGAUAUUAUUAGUAAAAAUGGUUUACAGAUGUUACAUAAGAUCAUGAAGCAGUAUAGGCAAGACUUCAAAAAAAUUCCAAUACUACGAAAGCUUCUUAAGGUCUUAGAGUACCUGGCAGCAGGCAAGAUUUUGACUCCUGAACAUAUCAAUGGUGGUCCUCCUUGUCAUGGAAUGGAGAGGUUUAGGGAUUCAAUGCUGUCUCUGACAGAGCAUGAUGAUAAACAGGUCCAUCAAAUUGCUCGAAGCUUCCGAGACAGAUGGAUUCCAAGACAUGGCAGAAAACAUGGCUAUAUGGACAGGGAUGAUAACAGGAUGGAAUCUCACAGAGGUUUCAACUCCAACAGAUUUUCAGUAUCACACAGUCAUAGGCACGAGCAGGGAUUAAGACCUAAGGAAGCAACUGAUUGUGGUCAGCAGCCAAUGCUUGUGGCAACAGUAGACGCGCGUGCCCAGGAGGGCUGCUCUACACCAUCUUUGGAUGGAGUUGAGAUCAACGGGGCAAAAAAACGUAAGCGCAAAAGCCGAUGGGAUCAACCAGCAGAAACAAAUUCAUAUUCUGAUGCUAUCAUUAGUUCUAUUAAUGAAAGCCAGAACGUUCAUGAAGAAGUUCCACCCGGAUUCUCAUGUCCAAUACGUUCAUUAAACAGUGCACUAAACUCUGGUACUCCUGCUUUGCAAAAUGCAAGCCAUUCUGGAUGCCCCCCAAGUUUAGUUAUUGGUCAGCCAAAAGAGAAAUUCAAUUCUCGUUUGCCUGUCUCAUAUGGAUUGCCAUGGUCUGUUGCGCAACAAUAUGGAACUCCUCAUGCUGAAAUCACAGGGUGUUGGAUCACUGCUCCUGGCAUGCCUUUCAACCCGUUUCCUCCAUUACCCCCAUAUCCACGGGAUAACAAAGACUGUCAACCUUCCAGUAUGGAAAUUGAUCAGCCUGCUGAAGUUAAGCAAUCGGACGCCACUGGUCCGGUUAAUUGCUGCUCAGAUGAUAUGAUUCCCAGCACAACUGGUGCUAACUCUGAAGACACGAACCUUCAAUGUGAGGAUGCUAAACAUGACGCUAAGCGAUUGAAGGGUGAUGAUUCUGAUGAUUUGGGAAAGAAGUACUUUAGACAGCAGAAAUGGAAUAAUUCAAAAAUACAUCGAACAUGGUUCAAAAGGGAUGCAUGGAAAUGUAAUGGGAACAGCUCUAGUGGUGAUAUUUGCAGUAUAGAUGUAGGAGAUGUGUCAAAAGAAUCAAAAGUUACUAGUUAUUCAGAGGAGGAUGAAAUCUGUAGAGAGGAGAAAGGUGGAAAAUAAUAUUUAUUAGAAUUCACAGCAGCAAAAAUCAUUACUGUUCACAGGAAAAAAAGAAAUUGUUUUUGUUUUCUUUUUUCAUCCAUAUACAUUAAUGUACUGUCAAUUCAUUUGUUCCUGGAUCUAUUAUUCAAUGAAAAUUUUAUUAAAUUUCAGCAUUUCUCCACUUUCAA